CGCCAUUAACCGUACGCCCACCGACGCGUGCAUGGCACUCUUUGCCAGUUCCAGUGUAAUCCCGAGGCGAUUCGAGCACUCGAAUCUUGGCGACCGUGGCGGUAAACCGUGUCUAGGAAGAAGUGCCGAGUAGGAGCGUUCUUUUCACAGAAAUCCGCGAACAAUGACGAUCCUACAGUCCUGUUGGUCCCCUUGCGUCUGGUCGAACAGCGUCAAGACCGGCUGCAAAGCUAUAGCGUUUUACACGGUGGCGAUCAGUAUAGUGUUAAUUACAUUAAUAAGCUACCAAAUGGCCGGCGGCGAUUCCACGCAAAUAUACAAUCCGUUGUUCGAGGCUGACGUCAGGGGUUCCAUGCAAGUCGUCGGUGGCUUCUUCAUCGUCUACUUGCUGCUGUUGAUUAUAACCGCCUUGUUUGUGGUGCACGGAGUGAAGGAAGGAGUGCGCGGCUGGUUGCUGCCAUGGCUCAUCUUGUGGUUCAUCGUUUGCAUGUUCCAGUUCAUCUUUGGCCUGUGGCUUUUGGGCGGUUAUUACAUCUACUUGGACUCUGUAUUCGCGACAUUGUGCAAUUGGCUCUGGAUGUCUUACAAUAUAUACUGUUGGCUGGUUGUUUUGUCGAUGUACAGAAUAUUCGCAAAGUUGCAAUCUCCCAACAUAGAACUCUUGUGGCCUUGAAGGGGAGCAGCAGCAUACGCGAGCAGCGAUACGUGCACGCGAAUGAUACACACGAGAGUACAUUAAUUGACACCAAAGUAAGGAGAAUUUCUGUGUGCACUUACUCGCAAAAAUCAACAAAGGUGAUUUGAUCUUAAGAGAGAUACGAAUCCCAUUAAGAUGCGAUUAAUUGAAUCUCGAGUCGAAAUUUCACUUCUCCAUUAAGUCUACUUGGUUGUACAUUAAGUCUUUUAUUUUAGGUUUUCUAUUGUACUCCUUUGAUACUACAAAGAGGGAAGUUAUUUCCGUCCCUCCAUUAAAAGACUUAAUGUGGAAUUAAGUAGACUUAAUGUAUAUAUAAUCGUAAGAAAAAGGCGCGUGUCCGUAAAAGUCGAGGCUAAUGGUUUCAGUACCUAUGUUAGAAGAGUUUCGACGGAUAUUUAACUCGGGGAAAAAAAA